AUGCCGGUGGUAACGGUUCUCAUGGGCAUGACCACGAUCGGGGAAGAUUUGGAGCAACUAUGGACCUUAGAAGCCAUGGGAAUUAGUGACCAAGAAGACGGCCAAUUGACACCAGCGGAAGAAAAAGCCGUGGAACAUUUUGAAAAAUCCACUCAAUUGAAGAAUAAGCGCUAUGAAGUGUCACUUCCAUUCCGAGAGCGGGUUCCGAAGGUAGAAAAUAACUACUUGCAAGCGCUGAGAUGCUUGGAGACUUUAGAAAGAAGAUGGGAACGCAACCAAGAAUUUGCAUCAGCCUAUAAGGAAGCCAUGAAUGAGUACUUCGAGAAGGGUUAUGCUCACAUAGUGCCUAGUGAAGAGGUCAGGAAACCGAAGGAAGUGUUCUACCUGCCGCACUCAGCGGUGAUGAGAGAAGAAUCUCUAUCGACUUCUGUUUGCAUAGUAUUCAAUGCAUCCGCAGUCUAUAAGGGUGCCUCGCUAAAUGAAUCUACCCUGGUUGGGCCAAAGCUGCAGAAAGACAUUCUGGACAUCCUGAUCAAAAUGCGAUCAAAACCAGUGGUUAUUGCUGGAGACAUUUCGAAAAUGUUUCUCCAGAUACAACUGGCUCCAACCGAUCGGGAUUAUGUCCGGUUUCUGUGGCGCGAUGAGAAGAGUCAAAAUAAGCGCUAUGAAGUGUCACUUCCAUUCCGAGAGCGGGUUCCGAAGGUAGAAAAUAACUACCUGCAAGCGCUGAGAUGCUUGGAGACUUUAGAAAGAAGAUGGGAACGCAACCAAGAAUUUGCAUCAGCCUAUAAGGAAGCCAUGAAUGAGUACUUCGAGAAGGGUUAUGCUCACAUAGUGCCUAGUGAAGAGGUCAGGAAACCGAAGGAAGUGUUCUACCUGCCGCACUCAGCGGUGAUGAGAGAAGAAUCUCUAUCGACUUCUGUUCGCAUAGUAUUCAAUGCAUCCGCAGUCUAUAAGGGUGCCUCGCUAAAUGAAUCUACCCUGGUUGGGCCAAAGCUGCAGAAAGACAUUCUGGACAUCCUGAUCAAAAUGCGAUCAAAACCAGUGGUUAUUGCUGGAGACAUUUCGAAAAUGUUUCUCCAGAUACAACUGGCUCCAACCGAUCGGGAUUAUGUCCGGUUUCUGUGGCGCGAUGAGAAGAGUCAAGUAGUGCGAGUCUGUCGUUUCUCAAGUCUAGUGUUCGGUUUGGCUUGUUCACCAUACCUCGCCAAUGCGGUAAUCCAAGAUCUAGCCAACCGACAUGGCAGUUCCCAUCCCAUGGCCAGUCAAACCUUGAAGAACGACAUUUACGUUGACGAUGUGUUCAUCUUCGCUGACUCCUCGGCUGAAGCCCUUGCCAAGCUUGACCAAGUCAAUGAAGUGCUUCAAGAGGGGAGCUUCACACUUACAAAGUUCUAUUCGAAUAGCUUAGAGGUGUGCAACGCAAUACCGGAGGAGAAAUUAAACCCAAAAGCGCUCUUACACCUCCAACCAGAUGAACAAAAGGCCAAGGCCCUGGGCGUGUCCUUCCACACCAACACGGAUGAGCUAGUUUAUCAUGUCCAUUCGGUAGCCACCACGUGGGACCCCAAUGCCGUGGAAACCAAGCGCACCGUGUUGUCGAAAAUCGCAGGAAUCUUUGAUCCAUUAGGCCUAGUGGCCCCCCAAACCAUUCUUCUCAAAAUAUGCAUGCAGAGCAUAUGGAAAAGGGGAAAUAUUGAUUGGGAUGAUAACCUUCCCUCGGAUAUACAGGAAGAGUGGACUCAAGCGGUAAAAAUUUUGGCCCUUCAACAGACCCAGCACUUCCCGAGGUACAUUGGCUUCAAAACUCGGGAACAAAUGGUAUAAUUGCAUGUGUUUUGUGAUGCCUCAAAAAAGGCCUAUGCGUGUUGCAUCUACAUACGUUACGUUCUGGGCGAUAACAUCCGGGUCACCCUUUUACUCGCUAAAGCAAAAGUGGCACCCACCAAAGCCUUAUCGUUACCGAGAUUGGAAUUGAUGGCUUGUCGAAUUGGGGCGACUCUGCACCAAAGAGUCCGGAAUGUCAUGGACCACGUGACGUCGUCAAA